AUGGCGUCUCUACCAUUGAAGAAGAACUACAAGUGCGUCCCCUCCCUGCAACCCUUCUACUCCGGCGGCGCCUUCGCCGUCUCUUCCGACGGUUCAUUCAUCGCCUGCGCUUUCGGCGAGUCCAUCAACAUCGUCGAUGCCUCCAACUCCUCAAUACGCUCCACUUUGGAAGGCGACUCCGAGGCCGUCACUGCUUUGACCCUCAGCCCCGACGACAAGUUCCUCUUCUCUUCCGGCCACAGUCGCCUCAUCAGGGUUUGGGACCUCUCCACUUCCAAACGCGUCCGCUCUUGGAAGGGUCAUGAUGGGCCUGUGAUGGGAAUGGCUUGUCACCCUUCCGGGGGAUAUCUCGCCACCGCCGGAGCUGAUAAGAAGGUUAUUGUUUGGGAUGUUGCCGGAAGCUUUGCCACUCAUCACUUUAAAGGUCACAAAGGAGUUGUUUCUAGUCUUCUCUUCCAUCCUGAUCCUACUAAACAAAUUCUUUUCUCCGCAAGUCAUGAUACAACUGUGAACGUCUGGGAUCUAGAUACUAAGAAGUGUGUCGCAACACUUACUGGGCAUAACUCAACAGUCACUUCUAUGGCAUUGUCCGAAGAUGGGUGCACGUUGCUCACCGCCGGAAGAGAUAAGGUAGUAAUGUUGUGGAACCUUGAUGACUACAACUGCUUGAAGACUGUAACAACAUAUGAAGUCCUUGAAGCUGUAUGCGUAAUUCCUUCCGGAAGUCUUUUAUCAUCCUGUUUUGGUUCAUCCAAGCAGCGGAAUGAGAAGAAAAACAAGUCACCUGCAAUAUGUUUUACAACAGUUGGUGACCGUGGAAUUGUACGAAUUUGGAGUUCUGAAGGUGCAGUUUGCCUAUUUGAGCAGAAGUCCUCAGAUGUUACUAUCUCAUCAGAUGACGAUGAAUCAAAAAGGGGCUUUACUGCAGCUUGCAUGCUCCCAUCAGAUCAAGGGUUGCUCUGUGUGACAGCUGAUCAGGAGUUCCUUUUAUAUUCUCCUGUUGAAAGCCCCGAAGGGAUCUUUGGAUUUUCUCUAAGCAAAAGACUUGUAGGAAACAAUGGAGAGAUUUUGGAUAUGAAGUUUUUAGGUGAUGACGAACAAUUUAUAGCUGUCGCCACAAAUACUGAACAGGUACGAGUGUUUGACGUUGCAUCCAUGUCAUGUUCUCAUGUAUUGGCUGGUCAUACUGAAAUUGUUAUGUGCCUUGACACCUGCGUAUCAAGUUCUGGAAGAACACUUGUAGUGACAGGAAGCAAGGAUAAUAGUGUUAGGUUGUGGGAUUCAGAAAGAAGAUGUUGCCUUGGUAUUGGCGUAGGUCACAUGGGAUCUGUUGGAGCUAUUGCUUUCUCGAAGAAGCAGAGGGACUUCUUUGUCAGUGGUAGUAGUGAUCGUACCCUCAAGAUAUGGAGUUUGGAUGGUAUCUCAGACGAUAUGGAAAAGCCAAUAAAUUUGAAAGCAAAAGCUGUUGUAGCAGCACAUGAUAAGGAUAUCAAUUCAGUGGCUGUUGCACCAAAUGAUAGUUUAGUUUGUAGUGGUUCACAGGACCGCACUGCUUGUGUAUGGAGGCUCCCAGAUCUUGUACCAGUAGUUGUACUUAAGGGUCAUAAAAGAGGUGUUUGGUCUGUAGAGUUUUCUCCAGUUGAUCAAUGCAUUCUAACUGCAUCUGGUGAUAAAACAAUAAAGAUAUGGGCUAUAUCGGAUGGCUCAUGCUUAAAAUCAUUUGAAGGACACAUGUCAAGUGUCUAUCGAGCAUCGUUUCUUACUCGUGGGACCCAAUUUAUUUCUUCUGAUGCUGAUGGUUUGGUGAAGCUGUGGAUGGUCAAAACAAAUGAAUGCAUCGCUACAUAUGAUCAGCAUGAGGACAAGGUCUGGGCAUUGACUGUUGGAAAGAAGACUGAAAUUGUUGCAACUGGCAGCGGUGAUGCUGCCAUCAACCUGUGGUAUGAUUGUACUGCCUCUGAUAAAGAGGAAGCUUUCCGCAGAGAGGAGGAAGGUGUCCUGAAAAGUCAAGAACUAGAAAAUGCUGUCAGAGAUGCUGACUACACUAAAGCAAUUCAAAUCGCAUUUAAGCUUCGCAGGCCUCAUAAACUUUACGAGUGUUUUCAUGAACUUUUCAGGAAGAGAGAGGGUGAAAAGCAGAUGGAAAAAGCCCUUCAUGACUUUGGCAACGAAGAGUUGGCAGUGCUUCUUGAAUAUGUUAGGGAAUGGAACACAAAGCCAAAGUUCUGCCAUGUCGCGCAGUUUGUUUUAUUUAAAAUUCUCAACACUUUUAAUCCAGAAGAGAUUAUUAAGGUAAAAGGAAUUCAGAAUAUUCUUGAAGCUCUCACCCCAUAUUCUCAGAGGCACUAUACCAGGGUAGACAGGCAUGUGAGAAACACACUGUUGUUGGACUUCAUUCUGCACUCGAUGGCAGUUGUUGAACCAGAUACAGGUGCUAGAGAAUUAAACGAAGAGUCUUUGAUUCCCUCUGAUCUCAAUCAUAAAAAUGAAACAUGUAGUAUGGAGGAGGAUCAGGAACAGAGGCAGACAGCUGAAGAGUUGAAAGACAAAUCAGCCUCGAGGAAACGAAAGUCGAAGAAAUCAAAAGAUGGUUCAAAGAAAAAAGCUAAAGCGUCCAGCUUAGUAUAGUGUUGUGAUUAUUCGAUUAUUGUUGUAACGCGGAUUGGACACUAGUUAUGUAUUUGUUUACUUAUCCAGUAAAUUACUCUGAUUCGAUCACAAGUUUUACUCAUGCCAUGAGAGAGGUAGAUUGUGCUGGUUGGGAUAUCGAGUUGUUUACGCAGUCCACCAUCCCAUUUGGGUCAUCAAAUGUAGAAACUUUCAUGAAAUAUUGUCAAGUAACAUUCAACUUCAACUCUUAUUAAAUCUGAUUCUUUGAACGUUGUUAAA